CUCUUCCUUCUUAUUUUCAGUUUGGCUUUGGUUGAAAGAAGAAUUUAGCCUGUAUGCCCUGCUUCAACCAUUGGAAGAAUGACAGAUGACAAAGAUGUGCUUCGAGAUGUGUGGUUUGGACGAAUUCCAACUUGCUUUACCCUCUGUCAAGAUGAGGUAACCGAACGGGAGGCGGAGCCAUAUUAUUUGCUUUUGCCAAGAGUAAGUUACUUGACGUUGGUAACUGACAAAGUGAAAAAGCACUUUCAGAAGGUUAUGAGACCAGAAGACAUCGGUGAGAUAUGGUUUGAAUAUGAAGGCACGCCUCUGAAAUGGCAUUAUCCAAUUGGUUUGCUAUUUGAUCUUCUUGCAUCAAGUUCAGCUCUUCCCUGGAACAUCACAGUACAUUUUAAGAGUUUUCCAGAAAAGGACCUUCUGCACUGUCCAUCUAAGGAUGCAGUUGAAGCUCAUUUUAUGUCUUGUGUGAAAGAAGCUGAUGCUUUAAAGCAUAAAAGUCAAGUCAUCAAUGAAAUGCAGAAGAAAGACCACAAGCAGCUGUGGAUGGGCUUACAGAACGAUAGAUUUGACCAGUUUUGGGCCAUCAAUCGGAAACUCAUGGAAUAUCCUGCAGAAGAAAACGGAUUUCGUUACAUCCCUUUUAGAAUAUAUCAGACAACAACGGAGCGGCCCUUCGUCCAGAGGCUUUUCCGGCCUGUGGCUGCAGACGGACAGCCGCACACACUAGGCGAUCUCCUCCGAGAAGCUUGUCCUUCCGCGGUUGCUCCUGAAGAUGGAGAAAAAAAGAAUCAAGUGAUGAUUCAUGGAAUUGAGCCAAUGUUAGACACACCUCUGCAGUGGCUGAGUGAACAUCUGAGCUACCCGGAUAACUUUCUUCAUAUCAGUAUCACCCCACAGCCAACAGAUUGAAGGACCAACGAUCUGCCUGCGCGGAAUCACCCUUAGGCAGGACUUUCCAGAGCAUGUCACCCUGCUGCUUCGGUCAGGUUCGGUGGAGGCAGCCUGACCAGAAACACCACUGCAAGCCGAGCAGGAAGAUGAUGCCAUGGGAGAUAAGGGCCCCCCUGCCCCCCGUCUCUGCUGUUCCGCCUCAGCUGCGACAAGGAAGCCUUUUUACAGGACAGGACCCCUGCGAGGCUGCUGCGUGCCUGGAAAAUACAGUGAAGCUGAAACCUUUGGCCUAGGAAGAAAAUGGAAAUGUGUGCCACUCAAUUGGUGUUUCUGAUUAAUAAAUCAACAGGGGUAUUUCCUAAGGUGACCGUGGUUGAACUUUAGCUCGAGGGACUGGAAACAAUGGUUUAAUUUUCAAGAGAAUUAGACUUAAGAAAGUAAAAGAGAAAUUCUGUUACCAAUAACUUGCAGUAAUUUUUUGUAAAAGAUCAAAUUACAGUAAACCCAUCUUUCCUUAAUGAAAAUUUCCUAUGUUUACAGUCUGUCUGUUGGUAUGCAAACAAUCUUGUAACUUUGAUAAUGAACGGUGAGAGAUUUUUAAAUAAAGCCUCUAAAUAUGUUUUGUCAUUUAAUAACA